GGUAGAUCAGUUCUGUAGUCGAUCCCCUCCUCGCCAUGUGCCCUCCCCAGAGGCGGGGCCAGGUAAAGGGCAGACGUGCCACGCGCCGGUGCCCAGGGGGUCGGCGGCCGUGGGGAGCAGGGCUACCGGGGCAAAGCCUCUGCACCACUACGUGCUGGGGGUGGGCAUGCAGCUGCUGUCCGACUGCGCAGGGGCGUCCCAGCACGUCUUCACGCAGCUGCUCUUGGCGCCCCGGGCGGAGCGGCGUCCUGCGGUGAGUCUUGGCCGCGGCGCCACACGGGGGGCGAGCGCAGGCAGCGGGUCCGAUGACAUCCUGCUCGUGCCUUCGGCACUCUCUCCUGUGAUGGCCUCGGUGCCUUCAGGCCCUCGCGGUGGGGAUGAGGACGCCCCACCGCCCUCUAAGCCCCAGAUCGCUUUCCUGACGCAGCCGGUGCUGGGGAUUUUCGGUGUCUUUUCGGUUCUCAUCUUUGAGCACGGCGACUUCACUCCUCCUCCUCUGGGGUCUCUUAUGGCCUUUGCGUUGGGUGUGACAGGGAUUCUGCUGUGCGAGCUUCGACUCGUCGAGCUCACUUCGGCACUCACGCUUGCGGUCCUGGCGGCAGCGCACAACGUGAUCAUGGUCAUAUUUUUUCUGGUUCUCGGUGGUGAGGGGGGCGACAUCUCAUUGACGCAGUCAGUCGGUUAUGCAGUGAACACCGCCGGUGUUGUCGCGUAUGCUGUUGUAAAGCGCUGGCAGAACAGGGAAGACAGCGCCCUGCAGGCUUCAGGAGUGGGUGCGGCCUUGCUAGCGCACCCUGGUGACCUGAGCAUGCGAGCUGGGCCUGCUCCUGAAUCUAAUCUGGGGCACAGAUCCGACUUCCUUUCGACGUCUACGGCCACGGCAGCAAAGCACAUGUGAGUCAGCCUCAGGUUCUCGGCCCAGGGCAGGGAGCACCACGGUGUGUGAACCGGAAAGCUUGGAAUUGUACUUACAUUCUGAGGGCCGCUAUUCCUCCCCAGUCCUGCGAGGGCAUGGCUUGACGACAUCGAGAGGGAGAGUGGGGCUGGCUUGUGCCCAUUCGGCCCUGGCUGGUUGGCUGCGACGAACGUCUAUUCUCACUUGGCCCACGGGGCUCAGACCAAUGCUCAAACGUUGAGGCGGCACGGAGCUCGCGGACACGGAGUGAAUGACGGAGCGGACUGGAGCCGGUGGCGGCCUCGAGCCACGCGAGGCGCUUGUGUCGGCCUUGAGCCACGCUUGUGCCACGGAAAGAAUGGCGAGAAAGACGGGCACCAGUUCUUGUCCACCCUGGCACAGAUUUGCUGUCGGUGCUGCUGCGGGCCUCGUCCAUCUGAGGCAGGAGGCCGCCCGACCAACCGCGGCCGCGCCCGUCGUGUUCCGCACGUGCCCAUCUCGGGAGUCCGAGGAUGCUGAAGAGGAGGAAGAUAUCGGCGGAUUGCCUGUACAGUGCCGUUUUUAAUACAUGCUCCGCGUGCGG